AAAAAGGUAUUUAUGGAGGAUAUCUAAAUAAAAUCAAGAUUUUAAGGAAUAGAAAAUACAAAAAAGUGACUGUACAGGUUUAUAUGAGUAGUAUGUCUUUUUUUCUGGAAAAAAAAGGGCUAUGGAAAGCUCCAAAAACUAAAAAAGAACGAGGAAAAUUAAUGGUCUGGAAUUCUUUGACAAAGAGCAAGGUAUAGGGGAAAGUCGGGGGUAUAUAGGUUGAUUAGAGGAUAUAGAAUGAAUUUGUAUCAUCAAAUGGGGGUAGAAUUACAUGGUAUUGUUGUGGGCCAACAGUUUAUGAUUGGAGUCAUAUGGGUCAUGCAAGGUAACAUUUGGAGGCUUUAAGAGAAGAUAAAUAAGUAAAAUUAUGAAGAAAUUAUGUUACUACAGAUAUUAUUCGUAGAAUUUUGCAGAAUUAUUUUAAAUAUGAUAUUGUUUUUGUUCAAAAUAUAACAGAUAUCGAUGAUAAAAUUAUUUUGAAAGCUAGACAUAAUUAUCUUUUCAAUAAUUAUGUGGAAAAAAUUAAAGAAAUUACGAUAGAAGUUUAUGAAAAAGUGUUAAUAGCAUGGAAAAAUUAUUUUGCUUUACAUUUUCCAAAUGGACCAAAAUCUCUUGAGGGAUUUGAAGAAUGGUCGAAUUCUAUUAAGGAUUCAGAAAUGUUGAAAUUAGACGGAAAACUUGCAUUGAAUUUUAAAACGUUAAAUCAAUCAUAUGAUGCAUUAAUUUUAUAUAAAACACUUGCUCCCAAUGUUUUCCUAGAAAGAGUAAAGGAUGUAUUAGUUUUAAAGUUGGAUGAAGAGUUAAAACAUUUGAUUAAUGAUAAUUUUAUAUUUCGCCAAGUAUCUACUCAUUGGGAAAAUAAAUAUAACGAAGAUAUGAAAGCUUUGGGUGUUUUGGAACCAUCCAUUGUUGUCAGGGUUUCUGAAUUUAUUCCGGAAAUCAUUAAAUUUAUUCAAGAAAUUAUUAAUAAAGGUUAUGCAUAUGAAUCAAAAGGAAGUGUUUUUUUUGAUAUAGCGGCUUUUGAGGCAGAUGGUCGUCAUACAUAUGCAAAAAUUGAGCCUUGGAAUAGAAAUAAUAAAAAAUUAGUCAAUGAAGGAGAAGGUGAACUUAAUUAUUCUGAAGGGAAAAAAAUGUCCAGCGAUUUUGCAUUAUGGAAGGCAAGUAAAGUAGGCGAACCAAAAUGGGAAAGUCCAUGGGGCAAGGGGCGUCCCGGAUGGCAUAUAGAAUGUUCUGCCAUGGCAUCUGAAAUUCUUGGAUCAGAAAUAGAUAUACAUUCAGGAGGCAUAGAUUUAGCAUUUCCACAUCACGAUAAUGAAAUUGCGCAGUCAGAAGCAUUUUUUGAUUGUGAUCAGUGGGUUAAUUAUUUUUUUCAUGUGGGCCAUUUGCAUAUUGAAGGACAAAAAAUGUCAAAAAGCUUGAAAAAUUUUAUUACUAUUCAAGAUGCUUUGAAAAAAUACACAUCAAGACAGAUGAGAUUAUAUUUUUUAAAACAGCAAUGGAAUAUGAAAAUGGAUUUUAAAGAAAGUUUUAUGACGGAUGUUAGAGGCAUCGAAUCAUUACUUUGUAAUUUUUUCGUAAACAUAAAUUCCUUAAUAAUUGAAAAAAAACUAAGUUUGAAAGAAAAUGAAGUUAUAAAAUAUACUAUUUCAAAUCUGGAAAAAGAGCUCUGUAAAAAUUUAUAUCAAGCACAAGAAGCACUACAUGACGCUCUUUGUGAUAAUUUUAAUACUCCAGAAUCUUUGGAUAUUAUUAUAAAUUUGAUAACUAAAACAAAUAUAUAUAUUUCUCAAGCUCGAUCGGAUAUUAAUAUUCUUAUAAUUACUAAUGUUGCAGAAUGGAUUUCCGGCAUUCUUGAAAUUUUUGGUUUAAAAGAUAACAGUUUUACUGUUAUCGAAUAUAAACUUAAUGAAUCUACUAUAACAACUAAUCACAAUGAAAUAAUUAUGCCUUAUGUUAAAGUUCUUUCAUCUUUUAGAGAUGAUAUAAGGAAUCUUUUAAUUAUUUCUAAAUCUAAAAGCAAUAUGGAAUUAUCUAGAGAUUUACUUAAACUUUGUGACAGAUUGCGUGAUGUAGAUUUAACAGAAUUAGGUAUACAAUUAGAAGAUAGAGAAAAUAAGAAUGCAUUAAUAAAAUUUGUUGAUAAAAAUGAACUUAAGCAACAGCAAGAAAAAAAAUUACAACAAGAAUUAUUAAAUAAAAAAAUUAAAGAACAAAAAUUACAAGAGAAAAUCUUUAAAGGAAAAUUAUCUCCUAAAGAGCUUUUUCAAACCGAUGAAUAUUCAAAAUGGGAUGAUCAAGGAUUUCCUUUACAUGAUGCUCAAGGAAUCGAAUUAACUAAGAGUAGACGGAAAAAGAUAACUAAAGAAUGGGAAAAACAAACUAUAUUACAUGAAAAAUACCUUGAUUGGUGCAAAGAAAAUACUCAUAAAACAACUUGA